GGGCGAAGGGCUGCCGGGGGAGAGCUCGCCUUCCGCGGCGACGGUCGCCGUGCUCCGUUUCAAGGCCGCUUCACGGCCCUCGCCUCGAAUGUCAACGUAGAGAGGAAAAAGAAAAAAAAGACGCGGAGGGAGAAACGCGCGUCCGUGGCCUUCGUCCCGCGGGAGGGGGUAGGUAGUCGCGCCGCGAGCUGCCACGAGGUUCACGUGCCUUCCCCUCGACUCGGCGUUUCCGAAUUAGCCGGCUCACCCCGUGCUCUCUCGCGCUCUCCGGAACGAUGUGGCUCCCGCGGAUGCUGCUCGUCGUCGGUUAUCUGCUGCACUGUCACGUCGCCCGUUCGAUAGCCGCACCUGCGAGAGCGACAGGUCAGGCUUUAUUGGAUGAAAUUGGCGUUACGUUUCGAGACGACAGCGAUGAUGACGUCACUACAGAGGACCCGUUUCUCAAAAAGUGCAUUGUAGACGGGAAUUUCUAUUCUCACAGUCAAACGAUACCGUCGCGUGACGCGAAUUCACAUUGCCUAUGCGUCGUCGGCGAAGUUUACUGUUGGUGGCAAAAUUAUAAUUCGAACAUGGCCUCGUCGCUCGACCCGUCUUCUCUGCGAUCGACCGCGGUGGAAAGCAAUUACACUUCGUCUCUGGGAAUGAGUACGGACAUUGUGGACGGCUUCGAGGCUUCCGGAAAUUUUGACUCGUCGAUUAACCAAGAGGAACAUAAAGAAAUUAACGCCACUCUGUCAAGUACAACGCCUUCUGCACCGACCAUUUGCCUCGUGAUGGGAAGAGAGUAUCGACAGGGUGAGACACUACCACACUCAACCGGGAACUGCGUCGAAUGCAGCUGCGGCUCCGAAGGCCGCAUCGAAUGCUCGCCGAGAGACUGUGUGGCACUGCGACCCGAGAUAUUAGUCGCACCUGAUAAACCCGAGGUACUCGACGGCGAUUUCGAAGUUUUCAACUUGGCGCGGAAUUGGGAUAUCGACGAAAAUUUCUAAAGUAAAAUAACGAGUAUGAUAACGAGUCAUGCAAAGUCUUGCUCGGUUCUGAUUGCUGCGAUAAUAUUGUAUUAACGUUCCCGAAAGGUCAACUAAUCGUUUAAUUAAACGCGACUUCAACAGCUGUUCGAAGAAGGGCAGACUCCCGCGAAAAAAAGAUUCCCGAGAGUAGAUUGAUUCUAAAGUAUAAAGUACGGUGAAAAUCGGAAACAGAUCUGGCGCUUAUAGUUUAUUGCUCAGCGUAAAGAAUUGAAUGACGUUUAUAUCAAACUAUUCUUAACGUUUAUUUUAAAUGCAAUCUCACACUAUUUAAAUAAUUGAAAAAAUAAUAUUAAAAAAAAUGAGAUCACAGAAUCGUAGGACUUGCGCUUGGCGGUCUUUGACAUUAAGGGAUCGUGUAAUUUUUUUAUUAUAAGGGAGAAUCAUUUUCUUUCCAUCGAGGAUGUGCCUUCCAUUAUUUGUCUUACAUCGUGGAUGUAAUCAAAACGACGUAGAAGGCAUAGUCCUAAAAUGUCUAGUCUAGAUUUUUCCUAUAAAAUCUUCAACGAGUGAGAAAAAAAGAGCCUAUUCGAUUGAACAUUUUUUUUUACAUAGAUAGCCUCAUUCACGAUUCAAUAUUCAUUUCGGACCCUGCUAGAUUGAAUACCCCCCCCCCCGCGUAGAAAUCCCUUGACAAAUUAAUAUCUAUUUUACCGAGUAUAAAAGAAAGAGCUUAGUAAUUUUCUACCUGACAGCACUACGUAAAAUUUCUCCGUUUCAAUCUAUUUGAUUUGGACGCCAAUUUAUAGGUAUACAUCCCAUAAUUAGUAAUUUAUCCAACGAAUAGAACAUUCAUAUCUGUAUAGAUUCGAUAUAAGAAUGUUUUUGUAGACGACGGCCUAUAAUCCAUAAAUCUUAAUCAUAACGCAUGUACAUCAGUCCGCCUUAUGUACGUGUGAAAAAUGAUAUUACUGAGAAUGAGCUUAGUCAUUACUAGUCGAUCACAAUAAUAUGGCAUAAAAGAUUUAAUAAUACUCUUUGUCAUACCUCAUAUCCUAAUAGGUGCAUAAUCAAAUAUGGUAGAGAGGCUCGUGUAAUUUACCACAUACAAUACAGAGGAAAGUCCCCCGUUAUAGGGUAGGCUCCUGAUAUGAGAUAUCAGGGUUUCUGCAAAAUCAAUAGACAUCAUCUGUCGCGUCCACCAUGAAUGUUUGUCCUUGGAGUGAAGUCUGUUAAGUGGAAAAAAAGAUUGAAUUUCGGACGUUGAAAACC